GUGACCUUGCCCAGUGAAGUGGGGCGUGCGGCCCAAGAGCUUCUUCAAGGAGCCGGUGCUCAAGCCUGAGGAGAAGGCAUGGGCCGCGACCCUGCUGCGUGCUCACGGCGCCGCCCCCGUUGAUGUCAGGACAUGUCUUUGCGAGAGCAACCUCGCCGCCGCCAUGAUAACCGCCGCAUUGCCGCCGCCGAGGCCCUCUUCUGCUCAUAGUGCCGCAAGUUCUUCCAGAGGGAUGGAUCCAUCCGUCUUCGACAUGAUGAAGAAGAUGCGGGCAGAGAAGGCGGCCGCGCAAGCGUCGGGAUCGGCGAACAAGGUGAAAAUCGAGCCGGCCGGUGACGCAACGGCGUCGUCAACGUUGUGCGGGAAGAAGAGGAGUCUGGAGAAAGCCAACAGCGAGGAGGAGGCUACGCCUCCUUCUGUGCUGCUCAACACGCCGCCCGCCACGCAUGGAUGCUCGGUGCCCGGCGGGUGCUCGCCACCGCCGGACUUCUCCUGCGCGUACGCGCUGGACCUUGAGGAUAAACUGGUGGCCCGGGACGCGGAUGUCGCCGCUCUGCGGGAGGAGCUGGAGAAGUCGAAGGCCGAGCUGUCCGCGGCGAAGGAGGCGACGGAGGCCGAGCUGGAGAAGUCGAAGGCCGAGCUGUCCGCGGCGAAGGAGGCGACGGAGGCCGAGCUGGAGAAGGUGAAGGCCGAGCUGUCCGCGGUGAAGGAGACGGCGAGGGCGAAGCGAGCAGCGGGGACGGAGCUGGAGAAGACGAAGGCCGAGUUUGAGAAGGUGAAGGCCGAGCUCGGCGCGGCGAAGCGGGCGGUGCAGGAGUUCUUCAGAACCGCCGAGCAAGUGCGGCGGCGCGCCGACCACGCGCUGGACGGGUACGAGCGAUGGCGGGGCACGAGCACGGCGCGCUCCGGCUCAACCCGCUCCUCGCCGGGCGGCUGAUCGCGCCGCUUGAUUAGCUUUGAUGAUUGAUUAGUCCUCUGGAAUUGGAACCGUUCGUGAUGAUCGAUUAUUUUUAGAUUUUGGUUUUGAGAUCUGAAUUAAACUUCGACGUAGGGUUUUUAGGUUUCCUAGUAGCAAUUGCAUAGAGUAUGCAAGUACACUGGCAUAUGGGUAUGCUUAAUUUGACUGCAGGUUGUCCUUCCAAGUUCCAA